UUGUGUUUUAUGAUGCCUAUACAUUUGGAGAUUCACGGCACUAUUCCCAUGCCACUCUUUUUAAAGGUGGAUUUGGAUCUUGGCAACUAUGAAAGAUUCUUAGAUAUCAAGCUGACUCGUGAUAACAACAUUACUACUGGAAAGAUUUACCAGUUUGUCAUUGAUAAGGAGAGAAGGGGAGAUUAUUUGGGAAAAACUGUUCAGGUUGUACCACAUAUUACAGAUGCUAUACAAGAGUGGAUUCAACGGGUAGCAGUCGUUCCUGUUGAUGGAAACGAAGGACCAGCUGAUGUAUGUGUUAUAGAACUUGGUGGAACCAUAGGAGAUAUUGAAUCUAUGCCAUUUAUUGAGGCGCUUGGUCAAUUUUCCUACCGUGUAGGUCCUGGAAACUUCUGCCUUAUUCAUGUCAGUCUUGUGCCAGUUCUAAAUGUAGUCGGUGAACAGAAAACUAAGCCAACUCAGCAUAGUGUUCAGGGACUAAGAGCCCUUGGAUUGACACCAAAUAUUCUUGCUUGCAGAAGUGAAUUGCCUUUGGAUGAUAAUGUGAAGAAAAAGCUUGCGCAAUUUUGCCAUGUACAGGCUUCAAAUAUUUUAAUUCUUUAUGACGUUCCAAACAUUUGGCAUGUUCCUCUACUCUUAAGGGACCAGAAGGGGCAUGAGGCCAUCUUGAAAGCGCUUAAACUACAGGGAGUUGCAAAAGAACCCAUGCUAGAUGAAUGGAUUGCUUGGACUAAAAUCUCUGAUACUCUGAGUAAUCCAGUUAGAAUUGCCUUGGUUGGUAAAUAUACUGGUUUUUCUGACUCGUAUCUCUCAGUGUUGAAGGCUCUGUUGCAUGCUUCUGUUGCCUGUCAUAGGAAACUUAUAGUAGAUUGGGUGCCUGCCUCUGACCUGGAAGAAACAACUGCAGAAAAGGCUCCUGAAGUUCAUGAAAAAGCAUGGAACCUUCUCAAGUGUGCAGACGGUAUACUAGUUCCUGGAGGUUUUGGGGAUAGAGGUGUGGAAGGAAAAAUUAUUGCUGCGAAGUAUGCUCGGGAAAACAAUAUUCCAUUCCUAGGCAUCUGCCUUGGUAUGCAGAUUGCUGUGAUUGAGUUUUCUCGCUCUGUCAUGAAUUUGAGAGAUGCUAAUAGUACAGAGUUUGAUCCUAACACAAAGAACCCGUGUGUUAUAUUUAUGCCAGAGGUUUCAACAAUACAAGUGGGUGUCACGAUGAGGCUUGGGUCUAGGAGGACUUUCUUCCAGGUUAAAGACUGCAAAUCUGCCAAACUAUAUGGGAAUGUAAAUUUUGUUGAUGAAAGGCACAGGCAUAGAUAUGAGGUCAAUCCUGACAUGGUUAUGCAACUUGAAAGGUCUGGCCUUGCUUUUGUUGGCAAGGACAAAAGUGGAGACGAAUGGAGAUACUGGAGCUUCCUUCCCAUCCUUUCUAUGUCGGCGUCCAGUUCCAUCCAGAAUUCAAGUCAAGGCCUGGAAAACCUUCUGCACUUUUUUUAGGUCUAAUAGCCGCCUCUUCCGGACAACUGGAUGCCUUACUUAAAGCUGGGGGGCACACCAAUUUGCUGCCACCAAAAAUUACUGCAAGCACUAGUAGUGCCUCAACAAGCUCAUACCAGAAUAGACAUGAAAUAAGCUUACCAAAUAGAAAAUAUAACGAAAAUGGAAAUUGCGUUCAUAUCUAAACUUCGCUCCAGUUAGUUUUCUUGCUCUUUUCAUUGCAUUGCCAUUGCAGGCAGUAGAAGCUCGUUCCAGGAUUUUAACCCUGGAGCAGCCUAUAUUUCAAAGGUUUACAAACAAUUUCUUCUGUUUGAAAGAUUUACAUGCCUACCACUCAAUUCCUAUGUUGUUUGC